CACCGUCUUUGGAAAAUCAAGGGUUUUCAGCAACGAGCUCUGAUUAUGGAAUCUGCCCAAGAAAACGCCGGCCUGCUGCACCAAAUCCUACCGCCACGGCUAGAAGAUGCUGGUCUCGAAGAAUGUGCUCUUCCACCGGAAUCCAUCAAAGAAGCCUUCUUCAAAGCCGCCUCCGCCGUGAAAUUGCAAGCGAGCUCCGUUUUAUUUGCUGACGACGAAGAUAACGAUGCAACUUGUGUCAAGGAUCCUUGGCCCACCGCGAAGGAUUCCUCCGACGUGAUAAUCGGAAUCAAGCCAGAGAGCGAGCCAGAGGGACCCUGCGCUGUCGAUAAGGGGAGUGAAGCUGGUGCUGACGAAGUUAAGAUUGGUGGUGGUGACGAGGCUGAUGAAGAGGAGUUGAGAGACAAGCUAAUCGAUGGGGAAGAGGGAGAGAAAUUGGGAGAGGAGGGGAAAGCUUGUGUGGAUGGUUUGAAAGGAUUGGAUAUUGAAGGCGAUAAAAAGAGCGGUGAUGACGUUGAUGAGGAAGAGAAAGAGAAGGAAGGUAAAAGACCAACUCUGGUUGAAGGUUUUGUUUGAAAUCCGUGAUCUUAGUUUGUUCUUGGUCUGUAUACUUCCCACUUCAAUGUGAUGCAUAACUGUAAGUUUCAAAUUUCACUUUUGAUGAGGAAGCAGUGUAUUUCUGGGUUCUGAAUCCUGCGUUGUACAAAAUACAAAGGAGUUGGUUAUGCAAUGUAAUAGUUUUUCU